AAAAGUUGAAUGACGAAACACCCCCUCCAACAAUAAAAUUUCCUUUCGAUCAAAUUCCAAGUGAAAAUCACUCGUCUGUGCUUCGAGAUCACCACUUUCUAGCCAAGUACAGCGUUUGCGGCAAACCGAAAUGCGGAUCUGGACAUCAGAGCACAUUUUUGAUCACCCGUGGGAGACUGUGACGCAGGCUGCAUGGCGGAAGUACCCAAACCCAAUGAACCCAGCGGUCAUAGGCACCGAUGUCAUCGACCGCGAAGUCAAGGACGGCGUUCUGCACACCCAUCGACUUGUUAGCUCCAAGUGGUACUUUCCGGGAUGGGCUCGAAAAAUAAUUGGAUCAGCUAAUGUCUGCUAUGCCAGUGAAUGGUCACAGGUGGACCCUAAUAACCGAAUGAUGACACUGAAAACUAGAAAUUUAACUUUUGGAAGCUUUAUCUCUUGGGACGAGCAGAUGAGCUACAAUCCGCACCCGACUGACCCUCAUAAAACACUUCUCAGACAAGAGGCAGUAAUAUCUGUUCAAGGAGUUCCUUUGACCAGUUACAUAGAGGAAAUGCUCACAAGCAGAGUGUCUGCCAAUGCAGGAAAGGGACGUUUGGCUAUGGAAUGGGUAAUAAGCAGGUUGGACGCUGAAGUUAAGGAAAUCACACACGAAGUUAAAGAGUUCACGACGCAUGCACGCAAAUCAACAGAUGACUUCAUCAAGACAGCAAAAAAGUCUUUUGACAACUUGUCCGUAAAACAGGAGGAGCAGCAUCAAUAGCUAUUGCUGUGCCAACGGUGCAUUACCAUGAGGGGUUUCAAAUUCUAUAUUGACUGCUGUUAAACCACCUUAAAUUAAAUUGUGAUAUUUAUCAAGAAAAUUAGUUCACAGUUUCUAUGAAACUAAAAGAAAGGUUGACAGCAGGCAAAUUGAUUUUGGAAUCCCUUUAAUGCAUGCAGAUCAGAUGAUGAAAAGUCUUUUACCACUUGAUUGAUAGCUAACAAAUGGCUCACGAAUUGUGCGGAAUUAGUGUUAUUUGCAAAAAUAUUUACAGUCAUUAAUCACGUAAUAGUUUUUAUAACAUCAAAAUUGUGUAAAUCAGAACUAGUUGGGACUGAUCACACGAUAUCUGUAGCCUGUUUCACUCUGCACUGGAGAAAGUGGCGGAUUUGUAUAUCCUGAAUGGUUACCUAAAAUAGCCACAUAGGAUAUGACACAUUGAAAGACUUAAAUAGCUUAUUAUGUGUAUAUUCUGUCGUGUAAGUGGGUUUUAUGAACGAUGGGACUCUUGUAACGACAUAAUUCAAAAGUCCGAAUGUGUUAUUUAGCGUGGAGUGCAAGACAUUCCUGUACAAGUAAAUCACUAUAAUGUCCCCUCACUCCCAGUUUUGUUAGCCAGUUGCCGCUGGUCGUUAGCUGCGUUAACAUAAUUUGUGUCUGUGUCACUAUAAUUUGUAUCUGCAGAGCCAUUGAAGGACCGAUCACUAGCUUAAAUAACACUUUAGGAUGCAAUAAAGUAGGUGACGUGAUCGUUCCUCAUUGCUUCUGUAUUUCGACUGUAGAGUUACAACAGGGAACAAUGCAAGAGAACAUUUUUGUGUUACUGUGUAACAUUUUCUCCAAAAUAAAGAAUUGCAUUAAUGUUGGUAAAAAAAAUUAUGGA